AUGAAGGACGGAAGCAUCUACGAUUAUCAAACCGAUCCCUUGCUUUCUGCUGGUUGCUGCAACAUUGACGAGGAAACUAUCGAGCUUUUUGGUGAUGAACAACAAGUCGUUUAUGCGGACGAGAGCAUCGAUCGAGUCGUUCCUGCUUACGAAGCACCACUUUCAGUUGUUCACACGGAAUCUAUGAGUUUUAUCAUCAACAGGUCAGAAAGCAACACACAGCAAUAUGCAACAGUACAAGGGCAGCCCCUACAGUUGGUCACCCUGGGUGCCAACAACAUCGUCGGCAACUCCGGUCAACAGAUCCAACUUAUUCAAACAGGAAACUCAUUCAACGGCAAUGGGCAGCAAAUCAUCACUCUUGGAUCUGUUGGAAACGGCGAGCAAAAGCAGAGCGAGCAAGGCCAGCAACAAGGAGGAUUGGUGAUUCAAAAUGCUGAUGGAAGCAGUCAGAUCGUUCAACUGCUCUCGCCGUCUAAUGCUGGACAGGGGGCCGUUAUUAUGAUUCCCACGAGCAUGGCUGGCGGUGGCGGCGCGCACGUCAUCAAACAAGCGCCCGAUCAUGUCCCUGACGAAGAGCCACUCUACGUCAACGCCAAACAGUACAACCGAAUUCUGAAAAGAAGAAAAGCUCGUGGAAAACUCGAGGCAGCGGGCCUCUUGCCAAAAGAGCGAAAGAAGUACUUGCACGAAUCCCGACACAAACAUGCAAUGAACAGAUGUCGUGGAGAGGGUGGCAGAUUCCACUCGAAUGUGCCACCGACCGAGGGCGAAAGUAACCAACAGGAGAAUUACAACUCGACGGGAAGACCUCUUCGCCAUCCGGAGGUGCCAAUCGCCAUGUCCACCCGCGCACCUCAGCAGCAUGCGACCAUUCUGACGCAGUCAAAUGACCAGGCAACGCAGGAUGCAGCCCAAGAAGCGGCCCAGUACGCUACGGCCCUUUCCAACCUCCAGCCCGGUCAAAUCAUCCGAACCUCGUCCGGCCAGACGUUCCAGCUCGCUGACGCUUCCGCCAUGGGCAUGGUCGGCGCCAAUGGGGCCUCGUUCGUCACGCUUCAGGAAGUGCCAUCGACAAAGACCGAAGUAACGGUGAGCGAUGGGCAAGAACUGGGCGUGGCGAGAACGGUCACGCUGUCCACAGCCGAGUAA